CAGCGGGAGCUGUUCAAACCAAUGUGGUGCUGAAGGGAGCACUCUGCCCGCCGCUCAGUCACACAGCCAGCGGGCUCAGGCGCUCCGUGGCUCGAUCGGCUCUCUUUACUCCACGGGGAAUCAGCGGCUCCUGGAAUUUCCACGCACCGAGGAGCCCUUUUUUAACCGCAGCUCCUGUGGGAACAGUUUCUAACAAGGCCGCAGGAAAUCAUGAUGUUUAAUGGAGGCCCCCUUCGGAGGUCAUUGGAGUCUUUGCAAUCAUAGACCUGGCAUCAAGGAAGCGGAUCUCAUAAUGGCAACAAGCUACCUUCAGCCUAUGCUUCUAAAGCCCUCCUGUGGAGGGUGUAAUAACUGAGGGAGGGUUAGUGAGUCUGAGAAAAGCUUCCACCUGCAGAUGAAAAUCAUUCAAAAUAUGUAGUGUUCCUUUCUCCAAAGAGGGGGGAGGGUGUAAACUGGAUUUUGAUUGCUUUUUACUUUCUUCUGUUCAUGUAAUCACUGAACAGAUUUGUGGUUGAUUGUUGAGUGUAUGUGGGUGUUGGCAGAGAGUGCAGGGUGAGGAGAAAGGAAAGUGAAAGAGUGGAGAAAAAAAAGAGAGAAAGAACAGAAGAAGAAAGGAAGAGAUGGUCCUCUACACCACCCCAUACUCCAGUGCCUGUCUGCACUUCCUGGAUGGCAUGUCGUGGAGCCUGGUGUUUCCCUCCUACUGGCUCCUGGACCGACUCCUGGCCUCUUGUGUGGCCACCUCACUGGAGAAGCGCCAGCGCUCCCAAGACCCCUGCUCCUUCCUCACCCUGUGUGUCCUGAUUGCUGCCCCCCUUUAUCUGCUACUCUUCCUCGCAUCUCUGCCUUUUGCCCUCCUGGGUUUCAUCAUUUGGGCUCCCCUACAGGCUGUUCGCCAGCCUUACCUGUACACAUAUCAAAGGCCAGAUAAGAACCAGGCAGAGGAAGGUCAGGCUGGACCAGGUGGCACUGGAACUGCGGAUUGGAGGCCACAAGGCAGAAGUUUCUGUUUCUGCAGUGCCAAUGUUUGUCUCCUCCCGGACUCCCUGGCCAGGUUCAACAACUUAUCAGACACCCAGAGGAGAGCUCGCGAGGUGGGCAAGAGAAUCCGCAAUGGAGCAAGCCGGCCUCAGAUUAAAAUCUAUAUUGAUUCGCCAACCAACACAUCCAUCAGUGCUGCAUCCUUCAGCAGUCUUGCCACAGGUUUCCGCCGCACUUCAUCCCUGGACCAGCGUCCAGAACAAGUCCACACCACCAAUGGCCCAGCAGAAAAUGAAAUCGAGCCCAUCACAGAGUGCCCUGUCCACACUUCAGUUGCCACCGAUUGCCCCGUUCACCCAUCUUCAGGAGACCAGAGUUUUACCAAUUGUCCCGUUCACGAAGCUGGGUCAGAUGCCACAACAGAUUGCCCCCUCCACCAUGCAGGGACCAACAACAAUUCAGACUGUCCAAUCCACCCCUCAGGUGAUACCACUGACUGCCCGAUGCAUUCGACAGGUGGUCAGAAUGACUCUGGCCAUCGUGACUGCCCAAUGCACGGGGAUGAAGCACAGAAAAAACCCUCCACAGAGUGUCCACUUCACACCUCAGCAGUUCAGAUCAGCAUCAGUGCCCCAGAACCAGACCCCCAGGAGGAGGAGGCUGAGACUGGAAAUCAUAGAGAUUUGCCAGGAGGAGACACAGGGAGCAUCACUGCCUCUCGGGAGUCUCUCACUCGUUACCAUAGUGGCGACAAUGCAGUAGGGAUAUCCUCCAACAACACUCUCUCUCAUGUGCCACGCACGUCAAUCUUCAAACGCCCUGGAAGGAAACGUCGACAUGGAGAUGAAAUGUUUGACCAUGAGAUCUCUGCUUUCUUCCCUGCCAACUUGGAUUUUCUGGCUCUACAGGAAGUGUUUGACCAUGGAGCAACAACAAGACUCCGACAUCAGUUACAUCGCUAUUUCCCCUAUGUGCUGAGCGAUGUCGGGUGUUAUGGCUGGAAAGGCUGCUGCUCCAGGUUCAAAUUCUUGAACAGUGGCCUAAUGCUGGCCAGCCGCUACCCUAUCCUGGAUGCCCGAUAUGAAUGUUACCCCAACGGUAGAGGAGAAGAUGCAUUGGCCGCCAAGGGGGCAUUGUUUGCUAAGGUCCAUGUGGGAACCUCCCAUCAGGAGCAGAGAGUUGUGGGAUACCUCACAUGCACGCACCUCCACGCCAUAGAAGGCGAUUCAUCGGUCCGAUGCGAGCAGCUGGACCUCCUCCUCCAAUGGGGGGCCGAGUUUCGGCAAUCCUCAUCCCAAUCCCCAGAAGGAGAGAAGGUGCUGGAGGACCUGGUGGCCUUUGAUGUCAUCUUGGGAGACCUCAACUUUGAUAACUGCUCUUCAGAAGACAAGCUGGAGCAGCAGCACACAGUUUUUACUCAGUACAAGGACCCGUGUCGCCUAGGGCCAGGGGAGGACAAACCAUGGGCUCUGGGCACUCUGUUGGAUCCCAGUGGCCUUUAUGACGAAGACGUCAGUUCACCCGAAAGUUUACAAAAAGUGAUGGAGAACGAAGAGGGGAGAAAGGAGUACCUGGUGUUUCCUCCCAGUAAGAAUCAGUGUCCUGCCAGCGGUCAGAAGGGGCGGAAAAUCCCACUGAAGGGGAAUGGCCGCCGGAUAGACUACAUCCUCUACAGCGACGAGAGCAUUCAGCAGGACUGGAAAGUGGACAUCGAAGAGUUCAGCUUUGUGACACAGCUGGCCGGCCUCACAGACCACCUCUCUGUGGCCAUGAGACUGGCUGUUUCCACCGGGGAAGAGGAGCCUUAGAUCCACCGCCUGACUUAUAGGACUUCUUUCAUUUUACUGCCAUGGAAGAAGGAUUAAUUAAUUAAAUGAAACCAGGAAGUUAAGAGUUUACAGAUACAGAGCUGCAUGGGGAAAGACUGGAGGGACAGCAAGUGGAUGAGUAAAUCAGUGGAAGAACGCUUUAAAGAAGAAAGACGAAAGUGAAAAGAGAAAAUGCUGACAAGGAGAGAUACGCUGGGGGAAUUCAGACAGGAAGUCAGAAUUUUUAUUUUCAUCUUCCCGGGUAAAUUACCCACAGAUUCACACUGAACACUGCGACUUUGAGACUGUUGGCCUUUUCCUCCGACCCUCCUGAGUCCAAAGGGUUUGUUUGGAGUGUUUCAUGUAGCCAAUGCACACACUUGUUUUAUCGGAUCUGUCUUAGGACGUAGAUAAAGUAUGAUUCUUAUUUUUAUGACUCUACCUUCAGGGACAGCUGGAUGGUCAUUGUUCAGUGUAUGAAAGAAGAACAUAAAACUGAGGUGAAGCUGCUGACCGGCCUUUACAGUGACCAUCUGUGACCUUGUGUUGUGUUUCUUCCUUCCCUGAAAGUUUUCGGUCAGUUUAGCUGUUGGUCGUCUUCUGCGCUGACCCCCCUCACAUCAUUCCCAAAAUCUCAACAAGUGUCUUUUUUUCUUACCAACAAAGCUCACUAAAACAAGAAAAGAAAUAAGAGUUUCUAUUACAGACGCUCCACUUUUUAUAAAAUGUAUAAUGCCUGUUUAAUAUGAAAUUAUGUUUCUAAGGGACGGUAAAGGUUGGAUUCAAUGUGAUGCUCUCAGCAUGUUCUUUAGAUAUUAUUAGGAUGAAUUUGAGGAGAGUUUUUUUCUUUUUUUGAUAAAGCUCCAUUGAUGCAUGAAGGUUAAAGGUUAACUACACUGUUAUAACACCCUGACUUGAGAUUGGAUGCCUCAAGGUGCAUUUUGCCCUGAAACACUCACUGCAGUAUACUAUUGUGCAUGUUGAAAACAAAGAAAGGAGUACAAAUGAAGAACGGGAGUUAGAUAACAAAAGCACACAACCCCACUUUCUGCAGAAGAUAACAGUUUGUAGGAAACCCUAAUAGCAAUCAUCAUCAUUAUGACUGUCCCCAAUAGAAAAAGACUUUUUGAUUAGUUAGAAAUCUGUGAAGCUGCAAUGCUUUAUUUUCAAUUAUUUGUCACAUAGAUUUGUCCGCUCAUUAACCACAUUUCUAUAUAGGACAAAGAUAACCCUGGUUAACACACACAAAAAAAAAAUGUUUUCUAAAUUAUUGAGUCUAUUUAUUAUAGAAGUGCAACAACUGUAUUCAAGUGUUGGAGGUCAAAACAGGUUUAUAUCCAUGUAUAGGAGUACUGAUCUAUUAUCUUUAAUUUAGACACAUUUAAAGGGCUAGAAGCUAAAGCGGCCUGUUAUAAAUUCAAGGCUUUGACUAGACCCACUAUAAAAUCAUCAUUGAUCAUUGUGUGACCCAUUCCGAGGUUGAUAUCACUCACCAUCGGCCCUGUUUUUAAUUCAGUGUUUAACAUCGAUCGGGUUUUAUCAGAAGGGGAGGGGACAAAUGUUUCAGGUCUUAUAAUCACAAAAUACCCUUUAGCUGGUUAGUCCCUCACUACAGUUCAUGACCAUUUUCAGGGGAAGGUUUUUACUUUUAUUUAAGUCUACUUGUGAAUAAUUCCAACAGGAAAAGACUCCUAAACUUGAAGGAUGAGCUUAUGUUUUUUUUUUUUGACACACGCCAGGGAACUUUAUGACCUUUAGAUUCUUUUCUAUAGCUGCCUUUAAACCUGGCAAGAAAACAUUACAAAUCAAAACGCACGUAGACAAGCCUCCUAUCUGAUGUUAGGGACAGAUUUUAAUGAUAAAUGACACUUAUGAUAAUAACUAAAUAUGGAUAGCGGUCCGUCCCAAUUAGUUCUAAUCCUCCUCAUGCUAAACAAUGUUUACAGUCAUUUUUAAGCACCAACCUUCUUCUGAGUCACUCCAGGGGAGUCCCCAGACUGUA